AUGAGCGACGCCCUCGAACGCAGCCAGAGUCCGCAAGCCGCUGCAGAGUCUUCAGAGCGCGGCAGAAAGCUUGUCGAAGUCGUACCAGAUGGAGAUGUCCUACUCAAGGUCGGUCGAGGCGCGGAUGCCGUGGACAUACGAGUCUCAGGGACAGUCAUCAGUCUCGCAUCAGAUGUUUUUUCUCGAAUGCUCUCGUCAUCAUACCUCGAGGCGAGGACCAAAGAAGUCGUCCUCGCAGAAGACGACCCAGAGGUCAUCCUGGACUUUUGCAACAUUGUCCAUCACAAGGCUGAGAACCUCGAUCACUGCGACACCACGAGGCUCUCCUUCAUGGACAAGGACCGCGACCGGAAUGCAGUGCACAGUAGUCGGAUCGUGCUCAAGGACUUUCCUCUGCUCAAUAUCGGACAGUGCAUAGGAGUCGCCGCGGUUUUCAGAUUCGCUGAUUUGUUCUGGUUCGCGACCAAGCAUGCCGUGUUAUCAUGGGGCUCAUGCCGCCUGCGCAGUCCUGAACGAAGGAUGCCCUCAUUUACCGAUACGGCUCUGUUCGCGAGCGGCCGAGACCUCGAAGAAGAGCUUGAGAAAGUCCGCACGCAGCGACUACAUGGCUUCCUUGACGAUGUCUUCAAGUGUGUUGGCAAAGGCUUCGAUACAGGCGCAUUCUGUCCGUCGUCCUUACAGAAGCGAGGCUGCUCGUUUGCGAAAUACAGCACAGUCAUGUUCUACUUGGCCAAGAAAGGUAUCAAACCCGGACAAGCUGGAACAUGUCAGAAGUCAAUCUCUCAGGCGAUGAAUGCGGUUCGGGAUCUCGACCGACAAUGGGCGCUGAGUCCCUGGGACCAGAUAUUGAUGUACUCGGGGUGCAGAAGGGGCCUUCUUAUGAGAUGUGACUUCUGUCGGAGAAAUAUUGCGGACGACCUGUUUCAGGUUGUAGAACGACAUAUGAAGACAGCUCCAGGGGUCUGUCUUGUCUGCUACACAGGCCGCAGGGAGAAAUUCUUUCACAACACUCGCAAUCACGAGAAACAUUGAUGGGUGAAUACCUCUUGAGCUCAAGGUUGGCCCUUUGAGAUCAAACCCUUGAGGUGCAUGCGGUGAAGGAGUCAUUGCGAAAAUCCGGGGAGACGCGUUGGCUGUUGGACAGAGCAUGGGGGUGAUCGCUGGAUCGUGGUGUUUUUGGAUAUUCUCCUGAAAACCCCAAGGUGAACACAGGGAGGUGGAAGAUGCAUGGCUGACAUGUGGAUGGGCGCAGAUGAGCUCA